AGUAGGGUGCGCGGGUCUCGGCGGGCAGCACCGCCCCGUGGCUCCGCGAAGUUGAAUCCCGCGUGGCCCGCCGCAGAGCUCGCUCCACUCGCGUCCCCCGGCACUCGCGUCCCCCGGCUCCGCAGAGGGGCUGGACCGCUGUCCUGCCUGGUCUCGGCUUCGGGUGUCCGCGCUCCCGCUGGGAGAGAGAGCUCAACACCUUUGGGGACCCGGAGCCAGCUGGGUUCCGAAGUAGCUGAAAUGAGAAAACGGCAGCAAUCCCAAAAUGAAGGAACACAGGCUGUGUCUCAAGCACCGGGAAACCAGAGGCCCAACAACACCUGCUGCUUCUGCUGGUGCUGCUGCUGUAGCUGCUCCUGCCUCACCGUCAGGAACGAGGAAAGAGGAGACGCUUCGGGGAGAGCCACACACACCACAAAAAUGGAGAGCAUCCAGGUCCUAGAGGAGUGCCAAGACCCCACUGCGGAGGAAGUCUUGUCCUGGUCUCAAAAUUUUGACAAGAUGAUGAAGACUCCCGCGGGAAGAAACCUUUUCCGAGAGUUCCUCCGAACAGAGUACAGCGAAGAGAACCUCCUCUUUUGGCUAGCCUGCGAAGACUUGAAGAAAGAGCAGAACAAGAAAGUGAUUGAAGAGAAGGCCAGGAUGAUCUACGAGGACUACAUUUCUAUACUAUCGCCCAAAGAGGUUAGCCUGGAUUCUCGAGUUAGGGAGGUGAUCAACAAGAACCUGCUGGACCCGAGCCCUCACAUGUAUGAAGAUGCCCAGCUCCAGAUCUAUACCCUGAUGCACAGGGAUUCUUUCCCAAGAUUCUUGAACUCGCAGAUCUACAAAGCCUUUGUGGAAAGUACUGCCAACUCUUCUUCUGAAUCGUAAUUUUCAUUGGAAAGGCCAAAAAAAAAAAAAAAAAAUCAUUUCAGAGGGCUGGGAUGGGAAAUAUAAGUAGUUAAAUGACACCGGAAAUCGAGUUCCUGGAGAACUGCAGGUUGGCACCCUCGGGCUGCUGGCAGGAGACAACCGUGAGGGUCUUUGUCUCCAUUUUUAUCGAGGUUACCUAUGAUUCUGUUUGGAGAAAAGUCUAUAUGAGACAAUGAUUUGCCAAAUUAAGUUUGUUUAUUCAACACUUGUUCUACCUGCAAGCAAACUGUGUUCCUAAUCCUCUGAACAGUCUCCUAGUGCAUCUCCAGAGGCCGCAUGUGCAAAGUACAGCUGCUUUAUCUGCCACUUAGUUGUACUAUUUAAUCAGUAGCAUACGUUAUAUCUGUAUUUAAGGACUUGUGUGCAAUAUGGUCUCUUAGAAACAAUCGCCAACAAAUUGGCUGUGGUUUGCAUUUUUUAAGCAUAAUCUGAUACAAAAAAAAAAGGCUAUUUUAAACAUGUAACAGUGAUAUUUAACCAUGCUACAUACUAUGUUUAGUACAGGGACUUUGAAGCCAACUUUUCUGUACAUGGAAAGAAAAAGUUAGCUGUUCAUCCCUGCCUGUGGAUGGAUCUUAGCUUGAGAGCUGUCUGGUUGUUCACUGCCCAAACUCUGGCAUUUUCAUUACAGCAGAGUUUGCUAUGUUUAAAAAAAAAAAAGAAAGAAGGAAGGAAAGAAAGAAAACCAACAACAACAAAACCUAACAGUGAUAAGAAAAAAAGCACAAAACUGUCUGAAGAUAUCCUGUCUCGUUGAGAAAAAUCCAAGAGUGAUA